AUGACCGAGACGAGGCCUAACUCGACCGCACUCCCGCGCGCCACCCUGACGCGGUGGCUGUGCGUCGCCGUCUUCCUCCUCCUCUCGGGUAAAUCGACCGCCCUCGAGAUCGCGGGGCACGGACGCAGCGCUUCGUGGACCCAGAUUGGAGCCACGUUCACGGGCAGCGGAUCAGAAAAACCGGGGAGCGUCUUGUCUUUUUCCGAGGAUGGCUCGCGCCUGCUCGUCGGCUCGAUCCCUGUUCCUGCUUACGUCGAUGUGUACGAAUGGCAGUCCGGCUCAAGCGCAUGGACGCUUCUCGGCGCCAGGAUCUCCCCGCCGCAUGGAAGUAUCGUCAGCGCGUGUCUUUCAGGCGAUGGCAAGGUGGUAGCAAUCGGCGAUUUCAACGGCGGCGAUUUCAACGGUGCCGGUUUGGAAGUUUGGUGGACCGUCGCCGUGUAUCACUACGCAUCCGGCUCUUGGCAACGGGUCGGUUCCGAUAUCGUCGGGUCCUCGUCCGAGGGAUAUUACGCUGAAGUUUCGCUCUCGAGUGACGGCAAGGUGUUGGCGAUCGGAAACAACAAUCAAACUCUUUCUUCCUACGAUUCGUCUGAUCACAACGCGACGAUGACGGGCCGAGUCCGAAUUUACCAGUGGCCCGCAAGCGACCUGACGGCAUCCGGUGUAGCGUGGACCCAGAUGGGUGAACCGAUCGAAGCGUGGUCGACGAGCUCAGGGUUUUACCCCUGGUUCGGUCCAUACAGCCAAAAGGUCUACGCGGACGCCGGUAAGCUCUCCGGCGACGGCAAACGCGUCGCCCUGUUCAAAACCAACGGAUGGGCCCAAAAAGGGUACGUCUACGAGUGGAAAUCGUCGUCGUGGUCGAUCGUCGGAGACUCGAUAGAUCUGGAAGGGACAGCCUCGAUUUCGUACGACGGAAACGUCGUGGCGGGCUCGUACGGAAAUGUGUACAAAUGGAGUUCUGGAGCAUGGAGCAGCAUUCGGACUGAAUAUUUUGGCUAUUACACGUCCCUCUCGCGUGACGGUACCCGCGUCGCGUAUGCUGACUCGUGGAACGAGGGCGUCGUCUUGGUGCAUCAAUGGGACUCGGAAGCUGAAUCGUGGGGGCGCAUGCUUGAUAUCCGGGGGGAAUCCGCAAGUGAUCAGGUCGGUGCAAUGGUAUCCCUUUCCGGGGAUGGUUCUCGCGUGGCGGUGUUCUCUGACGGGGCGAAGCACACGAGAGUUUUCGAGGUCGGCACCACGUGCGACACGUCCGUCGCUCCUCCCAACGCUUCCGUCGGCAACUGCCCCGCGAAGCUCGCGUCCGGCUCGAGCUGCCAGCCGACGUGCAAUUCGGGCUACAGCGCGACAAGACCGACGACCUGCGUGUCGGGGUACCUGAAGAACGCCACCUGUGCCGCGGGAUGCGAAGUCUCAUCCGCGCCAGUCAACGGCGGGAAGGGCGAUUGCGGCAACCUUCUCGCCAAGUCAAAGUCGUGCACUCCGACGUGCAACGACGGGUACGUGCGCAAAGGGAACAAGAAGACGAGCUGCGACAGCGCCGGUGUCCUCAGUGCGGCCGAGUGCAGGAAGAGGUACUCCUGGGGAGAUGCCAAGUUCUGCCCGAAAUACGAGAACGUCGUAUUCUGCUGGAGCGUCAAGAAGAAAGAGGAUUGUCUCGCAGCGAGGCCAAAGAGAGACUGUAAGUGGAGCAACUCUUCAUCAGGCGGGUCCGAAUAUUGUUACCAUGACGAUAAGGAGUUUGAUGAAAUGUGGGAUGAAUCGUAUUAUCAUGAUUUUGCGGCUGACAAGUGCGGGUCUGUGGACCCCUGGACGCGUGACGCGUUGUGA